AUCCCAAAGCACUCGUCGGGCUGUGGUUGUCGAUACGGCGUCAACCCUAGCCGCGACCCCAGAAAAUCUACAAGUUUUGCCGCUAACCGCGCCAAAACACCCCCUUCUCUCCACUCUCUCUCUUUAAACCCAACAACCCGACAAUGAAUACCACAUCUAUCCACGCCAUAUACUAGAUACAGGCGGACUUAUCCACUGCGCACUUUAUACCUCAUAUCUACUUUAGACCAAAAGACGAUGUCACGCGCCGCUGCCGCAGCGGCAAAUGCAGCAGCUCACACAGCCGCAGCUGGAGCGUCCACGUCAACGCGCGUGUUGCACAUUCGCGCGCAUCCAACGCCGGUGACGAUGGCGGCACGACAGAGGGUGCUGGCCGCGCUUGAGUCUUUUGGCGAGGUAGAGCAUUUUCGGAGCUUGAAGCACCACCCCACAACCCCCACCACCUCAGCCUUUCACGCCAUCCUCCCCCCUACCGCCUCCCGCGCCCUCCUCGCCGCCUCCCCCAUCACCAUCCCCCUCACCCAACCCGCGUCAGAGUCUCAAUCACCAGGCCCCCAUCGGGAAAACCUAACCCUCACCAUCCGCCCCUCUCCUCACCUCCCCCCCCUCUCCAUCCGCUCCUCCCCCAUCUACGGUCCCUACACACCCACCCACCCCCGCCGCUCCGCGAUCACUGCAGACCUACUUGGCCGCAUACCCCAGGGCGUCGCGCAGAAGGGGUUGUGUGACUGGGAGAGUGACGCGCCACGGGAGCGGAGGGCGUGGGGCGUUGGACUUGGGAGCGGUGGCGUGCCUUGGAGGAUUAGGCGGAGGGAGAAGGAGGGAGGGGGGAGGUAGGUGGGUGUGUGGAAGAUGAUAGUAUAGUUAAACUAGGAUGGGUACGAUGAUGUGGCCUGACGGCAGGGCGCAGGACGCCCUGCUGUAUACCCUGGGUACAUUGACCGGGGGAAUGGUUCCGGGCACGCAAACGGCGCAGAUGCACAGGAUAUAUACUGUGCCACAAUUGGCAGCUUGUUGCUGGCUGGCGAUAUGCUCUCGUAACGCGCCUUAUGACACACAGAGGCGACCUGGGGACAAAGCUGAAGAAUGGACGAGAGAUAUAGUAAUGGGCGAGGUAUAUAGAGCAAAGGACGAGAGAAGCGCAGCGAGUGAAGGAUGGGCGAGAGGGAGCAGUCACUGGCGCUGUGAAAGGAGGAACCUCUCAUUUACACUAAGCGGCGGCCACUAACGAGAUAAUCUCGUUGUAUUGUAUGUAUAUAUAAGUAAAUCAAUCUUGCACACUGCGAAACUACCUACAUCAUAAAGCAAC